AUGGCUGACAGAUCGCUCAGAGAUCUGAACUACGGCUAUCCUGGCGCUACCAGCUAUGAUUUGGAGACUGGCGAAUGGGCCUUUGCAAGGCAAUACACAACCAGGAGCUUCAGGCAGAUCCGGACCUUGGAUGGAAUAAACCAUGCGGAUACACUUGCGACAGCGCCGGCUCAACUUCCUCAUCCAACAACGCCGUUGAACAGUACAAGUACACAGGACGAAGUCAGGAACCGAAUACAAGACCAACCCCAGCUUGCUGCUGCUGCUGAGCUUAUACCUGAGCGAGCUCUCGUAUCUGCUGCGGUUUCUGCGACUACCUCGGUCUACGACCCACUCAUUGGCAACCUGCUCUCCUUUGGGUCCAUCACGCUCGAGGGCAGGCAUGAAAACGCACGUCAAGUCGCUGCGCUUCCUGUGGGAGAAGCGGGGAACAUAUUGAAACUGGCGAUAUUGAACAAAGAAAGACUUGGUUGGGGUAUGGCCAGGAAGACAUGGAUAGACGGCUCGACUCUGCGCGAGGCAGAGAGUGGGUACUGGAACGAGGAUGCUGCCCCUAUACAACAAGUCUGUUUCUCUCAGUCGGAGGAUAGGAGCUCUUUACUCGCCGUGCGACUUCCGACACGUACAGUCUUCUUCCACCCCAUGUGCUUUCGCCAGGCCCACGCGGCUGCGUCUUCGCCUUUCUACGACCUCCCUCCAUCGGCGGUGGAUGCGCACCCUAUUUUCAGUAUAGAAAAUGAAAGAACUGGUGGUUUUCCUCAUUCCGACGUGGCAUUCAACCCGGGCUUCCAACUACAGUUUGCCCUCGUUGAUCAGGCUCCUAUGUGGAGCGUAUGGGAGAUUGACCAUUCGCGCAAGGGAGAUGUAUACACCCCUUCGUGUCUGGUUAGUGGACAUGUCAGCAGUGUAGAAACUGAAGACAUGGCUGGCGAAGAUGGAUGGGCGCGAAUACUCUGGGUGGCCGACGUUACCACUCUGUUGGUCUGCAACAGGCGUCAUUUGAGCAUCGUCAGUAUCAAAGGAGGCAGCCCCAAGUAUCUCUCUUGCCCAGAAUUUUUCAGCGAGCGAUCCGCAGAAUGGUUCCUGGACGUCAAGCAGCACCCAAAACACGCGAGCCGAGUAUUUGUUUUGACUUCUACUCGUCUCAUUCUAAUGCUCGUCACGAGUUUGGGCAAAGAUGAUGCUGGUGUCGAUGGCGCAGGAGCGACAAUCCUGGCUUCAUGGAGACACUAUCGAAGUGCAGAAGACUUCACCCUCCAGGUGGGCGUACAGAUCUUGUCAGAUGACGACUCGUGUCUGGCACUCUAUUCGCAAACGAACAACCUCAUCCAGCUAUUCACCUUUAGCGACCAUGUCUCGAGUGCUUCUGCAGUGGCAUGCUCUGACCCUGGCAUAUUAGACCUGACCGUUAACGAGCCAGGCCAAAUCACCAGCUUGCACAUGGAGCCUAUGCAACAAGGGGGUAUCAGGAUAGACCUUGAUUUCUUCCGUUUGUUUGUAACGCUGUCUAGCUCUAGUAUCCACGAGCUCGUCAUCUAUACGGGGAAGUCCUUGGCCCAGGAAUCGCCCGAUUCUUUUCAAGCUGUGGAAGACUUUACGCGGAGCAUGAUACGACGCCCCAGGGUCGGCAUCUCCAAGACGGAAGUGGUCAACAAGGAAGACGAUUUUGUAGCUCCAGAUGGCCUGACCGUUGUCGAACUACUGAGGCCCAAGAACCCUCCAAAGAUCUUCAAACGGGGUGAGAGUGCAGUCUGCGCUUCUGCACACGAAACACGGAAUAACGAACUCCUGUACGAGGCCCUCCGACGCCCGGAAAACGCCAUGGGCGAUGCACCAAGCUCUAUCGAUGUCGCAACGGUUACAGACGAGUUGAAGCAAAUGCUCACUGACGAGCCCAACUCUGUAUCUUUGCCAAUCGGUACGUUGAUGGAGUACGCGGGAUUGAAGCUCGACGUUCCAGACGUUGACGAUGCUUCAUCCAACUUACAACAUCUGUUGUCCGAGAACGAAGAGAACGCUUUGUACGUUGAGCGUAUCGCAUCAGCACGCACACUUAACUUGACCGAAGAUGGCGACCCUACCAUUUCCGAUGUUUACGACACAAUCUUGCAAACGUGGGUCGCAUCUCUCCCGCCCGGGGUGUCUAGUCGCGUCCGGCAAGCCAAGGAGCGUCUAGCUCGCCGAAUUGCUGCAGAAGUGAUGUUCUCUAGCACACGUGUACGCGAGCAUGAGCCGGAUGAACCAAUCCCUGGCUCACAUUUUAGCUCAAGCCAGGACAGGAGCAUGGCGUUACCCAUCUUGCCAUCACGGCCUAGGGAUGGCGAUUUCUAUUCCGUGCCAGAUUCUGUCUUCUCUCAAACUCUGCCACCACCACCACACUCAUCUGUGCCCUCGUCGUUGCCGGAAUCAUGGCCGUCUGGUGCGCCCUUGAUCCAGAGUGCCCCGUCAGACCCUCUGGUACGGCUAGGAAAGCAUCUGCGUAACAGGAACUCUCCUAGCAAUCCAGGGAGUAUCCGUGCGAAUGCAUCUCAGGUCCUCGGACAUUGGCAAAUUGGAGGUAAUCCGAGAAACUACGACUGGGCAACUACAGAACGCGCCCUUCAACCCGAGAAUAUGGAUGAAGAAAGUCAACGGCAACGUGAAAAAGAGCGUAGGAGGAAGGAACGCAGAGAAAAGCGUCAGCAACGUGAAGAUGAGUUGGCAAGAGUCAAGGCUGCAAGCCAAGCAGCAAUCUUUGCAAGAAGCUCUCCUGGGCCUAUGUUGGGUGGCAUGGGCAGCAGCCAGGUACCUAUCCAGAGCCAAAGCCAGGUCCCAAUAUCUAGCGGGGUGUUUGCAGUACCACAGAGUCAAGCUGAACCGGGUAAGUUCGGAGGAAGGUUGGACAAGAAGAAGAAGAAAAAGGGGAGGAUGAGCGGCUUCUAGGAAAGACGCGCG